AUGCAAUGGGGCAAGACUUGGCUGGACCAAAAGCUGAAUCGUGGUAAUCUUGACGAUCAGCUCUGUGCCAGCAUCUGCCGGGAGUUCACCGAAGUCCAUGGUGUGCAGUUCUUUGACACUGCUGAAGGCUACGGCGGUGGAACCAGUGAGGAGAGGCUCAAGGACGUUCUAAUUCCCGGAGAGAAGCAAUCACAUGGGGCCCCGCAUGUCAUCGGCACAAAGUUCCUUCCGACACUCGCGCGAUGGACGCACGGCAGCUUUGCACGAGCUUUGCGCGGAUCAUGUCAGCGACUGGGAGUUGAUGCCAUCGACAUCUAUUUCAUUCACACGCCGAUUCACCCGCUACCGCUGGAACAUUGGGUGCGAGCUGCCUGUGUCGAAACGAAGGCGGGGCGCAUACGUGAAAUCGGCAUCUCGAACUGCAAUGCGCAGCAGGUGCGACGAGCAUGUGCCGAAGCUCAAAAGCAUGGCCUGCGAAUCGCGGCGAACCAGAUCAUGUUUAAUCUGCUGUGCUUUCAGUCUCCGGAGCUGCAGGAAACGCUGAGAGCGUGCAGGGAAAACCAGGUUCAGAUUAUUGCUUAUGCGCCGAUUGGCCAAGGGCUUCUCACAGAAGCGCUAACAGACGAGAAAUUUUCGAAGAUUCGACUAGCCAGAAUGACAAGGCUUGUCAUGGAUGAGUUACAGGACCUGCGGUCAGUCAUCAAAAGCCUUGCAGACAAGUAUGGCAAGUCCAUGGCCCAGAUUUGCUUGAACUGGACAAUAUGCCAUGGGGCAAUUCCCUUGGUGGGUACCAGAAGCAUGCAGCAAGCACAGGACACUGCUGGCUGUCUUGGAUGGCGUUUGUCCGCUGAGGACGUGGCGGAGCUGGAUCGGAACGCGCUGAAGCGCAGUACACUCUCCAAGCCAAGAUGGAAACGGGUCAUUUUUGUCACCUUUAUCACGCUGCUGGUAUUCGGUUACCAGGUCAAUCAUUGGGUAGACUGGCUGCAAUCGAAGUGGCGCGCGAUAUCGCCCUGGCAAAGGCGUCAGGCAGAUUGCACAGUGGAAACCGCGAUGUACGUUUGCUGCCUGGCCCUUUUCCUCCAGGCAGCCGUUGCCACUGCCACUCCCUUCGUCACCAGGGCGGAGCUCAAGGUAGUUCCGGGAACCGUGGAUAUAGUUGACUUUUCGACCGCACAUUCCCGGCUGUACAUCUUCAUGAGCUCAGUGCGGUGGGUGAGCGCUGCAGCGCUGUACCUUGGAGUGUGCAUCAUCUGCGCUCAUCUGUGGCGUGACACUGAUCAGCCUGUGUGGGUUAUCCUGGUCAUGCACCUGGGCACCUACUUCUUCAUCGUCCAUUUCUGCCUGUUCCUGUGCGUGUCCCUGAGGCAGCUCUCCAACGUGAACAUGAUGGACGCUAUCAGGACGCUGACAACUGCCAAGGACACUGUCAGCAUUUGUCCAAUGCUUGCAGUGCUCUUCAUUGAGUGUUGGGUCGCGGCAAACGACAUUCGAACUCCCGCCGGCUUGCCUGGUGUUCCGCAGGGUUUCGCCCAGGACUACAUGUUCGUGGCGACCUGGGCAAUGCUGAUGCAGCUGAUCGUGUGCUUGGUGAAUGGCUUCGUCUACACCCUGCCGAAGGAUACAAAUUCCAAGGUGAUGCGAUUCUGUGGAAAUUCCUUGCGGGGAGGCCUCACUGCCAUAUCGAUCGUGUUCUACCUCACACUCGUCACCGUCUAUGCUUCAAUUCUGGUGGUCUUGGUCUCGCGCUAUACCAACACAUCGCGAGCAGCCACAGGUAGCGGUGCGUGGUUCGCAUGA